AUGCAAUAUAUUAAUCGACCCGUAACUUAUCCAUUGAAAAAGAUUAAAGUCGUAUUACUUGAAAAUAUUCAUCCACGAGCCAAGGACGUUUUUGAACGAGAAGGGUACCAUGUCGAAACCUAUAAACCCGCUUUAUCCGGUGAAGAACUUGCUCGAAUUGGUGGCGAUGCUCAUAUUUUAGGAAUUCGUUCCAAGACCCAAUUGGAUGCCGAUUUUUUUCGUACUGUUGGAUGGCAUGAACAUCGUUUAUGGGCUGUAGGAUGUUUUUGUAUUGGAACGAAUCAAGUGGCACUUGUAGAAGCUGCAGCGAGUGGCAUUCCAGUGUUUAAUGCCCCCUUUUCAAAUACGCGAUCCGUGGCCGAGAAAACAUUGAGUGAAAUUAUUGCAUUGCAUCGUAAACUCUUUCAACGAUCGACGGAACUUCAUCAAGGAAUUUGGACCAAAUCAGCCACGGGAGCUCAUGAAGUGCGUGGAACGACCUUGGGUAUUGUCGGCUAUGGACGUAUUGGAUCCCAAGUGUCUGUACUGGCAGAAUUACUAGGGAUGAAAGUGGUUUUUUAUGAUCCGAUCAAGUGUUUGCCGUUGGGUAAUGCACAACAAGUGAAUUCCCUAGAGGAAUUGCUGAAAAUGGCAGAUGCCGUGACUCUUCAUGUGCCAGCUACACCUACUACCAAAAACAUGAUUAAUCGUGACACGAUUGCACAAAUGAAAGAUGGGGCUCUAUUGGUCAACAAUGCUCGGGGUACGGUCAUUGACAUUGAGGCUGCUAAGGAGGCUGUCGAGAGUGGCAAGAUUGCUGGAAUGGCGGUGGAUGUGUUCCCCAAGGAACCGGCUAAGAACGGCGAGCCGUUUGACACGCUUCUGCGUGGCUUACCGAACGUCAUCCUUACUCCUCAUAUUGGCGGCAGCACGGAGGAGGCCCAGGGAAACAUUGCAGUGGAAGUAGCCUCGAAACUGGUACGUUACAUUAAUGAAGGCUCAACGACGACGUCCACCAACACACCGGAGAUCGAUAUGCUGCCCAUCCGCAACAACUCGAUGCGUAUUCUUCACAUGCAUCAAAAUGUUCCUGGCGUGCUGAGCAAGAUUCACUCGGUGCUGUCCGACUACGGCAUCAACGUGACGUCGCAGUAUCUGCAGUCGGAUCCUCGUCACGGCUACAUCGCGCUGGAGGUAGAGAAGUUUCACGCCAAGGUGGUAACGCGCGAGCUCGAGAAGAUUAAGGAGACCAUUUUCCUGCGUACCAUCAUCUAA